AUUGAAAGAAACAUAUCUUGAACCAUAUCAUUCAAGAUCCAAACAAAAAAAUAUCUUUAAUCCCUCUCAAAAAGAAACUAUCUUUUAGCAUUGUUCUGAUCUUUUGCAGGAUACGAAUUUACUGCAGUAAGAUCGCAACAAUGUUUGAUAGCAAGACACUUUUAUCGGCAAUGGCCUCUAUUGUGCUAGUGCGAAACAUCACAAAUGAAGUCAUUCCUCAUGAAAUCCUAAACUUUGUACAAUCGGGACUUCACCAUUUUUGUCGCCAAUUCUCAGCGCAAUUUACCAUAGUUAUUGAAGAAUUUCAAGGGAUGGCAAAAAACCAAGUUUUUGAGGCUGCUGAAACCUAUCUAGGAACUAAAGCAACAGUCUCAACAGAAAGAGUUAAAGUAAGCAAAUCUCAUGAUCAUAAAAAGCUUUCAUUCAAUAUUGAUAGAGGUGAAGAAGUGAGUGAUGAUUUUGAAGGUAUUAGAGUAAAGUGGAAAUUAAUAUGCAUACAAGAAGAUGGAUCACGAAUUCGACAUAAUGAUAUGUACGCCUCAUCCAUGUCAGAAAUUAGAUCCUAUGAACUAACUUUUCACAAGAAACACAAGAACAAGAUCAUCGAUUCAUAUUUGCCUUAUGUGAUGGAGAUGGCUAAACAAAUUAAAGAAGCAAACAUGGCUAUCAAGAUUCACUCAAAUGACUAUGGUUGCUGGAGUCAUGAACCUGUCAAGUUCAACCAUCCAAUGAGUUUCAACACUCUUGCAAUUGAUGAAGAGCUUCAAAGGGAAAUUAUGAAUGAUUUGGACAAUUUUGUGAAGGCCAAAGAGUUUUAUAGAAGAACAGGGAAAGCUUGGCAACGCGGUUACUUGUUGUACGGUCCUCCUGGUACUGGAAAGUCUAGCUUGAUUGCAGCCAUGGCUAACUAUCUCAACUAUGACAUCUAUGACUUGGAUCUCACUGACGUACAAGAUAAUAAGAUCUUGAAGCAGCUUAUUCUUGGUAUGUCCAACCGUUCUAUACUUGUGAUAGAGGAUAUCGAUUGCACUAUAAAUUUGCAAAACCGAGAAGAAGAUAAAGACGUGGUUGAUAAUGGAUACAAUAAGGUGACACUUUCAGGACUGUUGAAUGCAGUAGAUGGUCUUUGGUCAUGCUGUGGAGAAGAACACAUAAUUGUAUUCACAACAAAUCACAAAGACAAGCUUGAUCCUGCUCUGCUAAGACCUGGUAGAAUGGACAAGCAAAUUCACUUGUCAUAUUGCAACUUUUCUGCUUUGAAGCAAUUGGUUGUUAACUACCUUUGCAUUACUCAACAUGAACUCUUUGAAGAGAUUGAAGUGCUUCUAGGAGAAGUUCAAGUUACUCCAGCUGAAAUUGCAGAAGAGCUAACAAAGGACUGUGAUGCAACAGAAUGUCUAGAAGACCUUAUCAAAUCCCUCCAAGCCAAGAAAAUGAUCAAGGAAGACAUUAAUAAUGAAGAAAAUGUCAAAGAAGAACAUGAACUAGGCAGCUAUGAAGAAGGGACUGCGGCAGACUCCGACACAGGCUCCAACACGAACACAUGACAUGACACUGACACGAACACGUCGGCACAACUAAUUUAAAAAAACAUAGAACAACGAUAAGGCUACCUGAACUGCCAGAGAGCAAACAAAAGAUUUUUUGGGGACUCUUUAAUUACUUUACUUGGAGGCAUGGCCGGUCUCAAGAUUGUUGGUGUUAUUAAUUAUGUAAAAGAUGUAAAGCUCUUUGUAAAUCUGUGUAACUUGUGUGUCUUGUGUGAUCACACCUCAUAUAUUUAUACUAGUAUUUACAAUCAAUACAUUGAAUGCUUUAAUUACUUA